AUGGCAGUGUGUGGUAUACCUAUAGACUCAUGUUUGGGUGUAGCAAGCGUGAAUGGCUGCCAAAACGGAUUUCUUGUUAAAAUCACAAGAGAUGACGGCAAUGCAAAUGACUCAACGUGGAAUGUUGUCCUUUCGGGCAAUACCGAUCGAAAGGAGCUUUUGGCAAGUUCUCCAGCGUGUGGAACUCUUAUGUGUCGUUUAUCGGAUGCAGAGUUUAGAAAGAUAUUCUUCACAAAAGUUUCGUCUGCGAGAGACGUGUGUAGGGAGAGAAUAAUUACCCUUGUAAAUCACACAGGCGUCCAGCGAAAUGGACACUAUUUGUUUAACAACAAGUUGCAGAUAAAUGACCUGGGGGAUGCCAUUGAACCCACAUAUAUGCUCAAGCUGGGUGGAAAACAAUGUGCCCAUGAAGUCAAAGUAACAACACCGUUGAGAUACGGUGUCCAAGCUGGGUUAAUAAAGCAAAUGAGGGAUUCAUUCCAACAUAAUGUUGACGCAGCCUUUAUAGCAUUGGGGGCGCUGGCCAUGACGAUGCACGCCGGGGAUAUUUGCGAGACCUAUGCAGGAUGCCAACCAGUGAUUCUCUAUGGCCACUCAGGCACCGGCAAAACUAGUUGUCUGCGACUCUUGGGUUCUUUAAUAGGAGAAAACACCGAAUUGGUCAGGAUUCAAACAAAACAGGCGCUUACAAAGAUUGGGGGAAUGUCUACACUACCUGUCCUUGUUGACGACCCUGCGUAUAUCAAUACCAUCAAAGAAGCCUUUAUUGAUUACACUGCUCAGGCCACGGGCGUUACUAUCGAUAGAGGCACAGAGGAGGUGAAAGCUGGGUUGAUCGUGUCCUCUAACAACGCUGUGCAUUCAGACGACCCAAGGAUUCAAAGAAGAUGCGUGUAUAUAUGCUUGUCAGGGGACAGUAUACAAGGGUCAAGCCAGGAGAUAGGGUACCACAAAGUAAUGUACCAAACUGUGAAACACGGAGGCUUGUCGGCGUUAGUGGGCAUGUUCAUUCGGGCGAGGCCCACACCAAAUAGAAUAGAAGUGACGUACCUAAAAAUGAUAAAGGAUAAGUUUCCAGACAUUCUCGAUGAGUCUCAUUUGAUGUAUGCGUUGCUAUUUGCGUACACAGAAGAGAUAUUGAUGCAAUUGUCCACCAUGACACAGGUUGAUGUCAGGGAAAUGAUUGUUGUGUACUUGGACAAAAAUAGACGCCACAUACAGGCAUUCCACAAGAGACAACUGGGCACUGUGGAAAAAUUUCUAGAGAAUGUCAUUGAGACAUGCAUGAAUGAACGCGGUGUCGCAAUCAACUAUGUUCAGAUGGGCUCUUCAAAGGGAAGAACGGGCAUCUUUGUGGCCAACCAAUACUUGGCUAAAACAAGCUUAUCCAAAGAAAAGCUAAUGGAGGAAAUAAAGAUAGGAGGAUAUGGCGAAUAUGCGAAACCAAGGAGGUACAGAGGAGGAGUAAGCGGCCGGGGAAUAUUUAUAUUCGAGGACGCAAUAGAGAAUGAUCAACUGGAGAUCAUUAAGGAUGCUCUGAACGAUCCAGCAACAGGUACAGGGCCAACAGUUUCAAAUGAAGGCGGACAAUGUGACCAAGAGGCGACAGACGAGCCGAGUCAGAGCAUUCUUAAUGAUCCCCAAUCUGCUACAGAAGACAGCCAGGGUGAUGAGGAGACUCAUAAAGAAGUCCAGAAGGGGACCAUGAAAAGGCGAGGACAAAGAAAGAGGAAAGUCGUUUGUUGUCCGUGAUGACUGAGAUGAGCCAAGAGUUAAACACAAGAACUAAUCCUGAUUCCCUCAUUAUUGAACUGUGCCAUUUUGUUCAGAUUUAUAUAAAAACGUAAUUAAGUACCCUAGAAUAUCUCACUGUAGAAGGUGUUUCAAGGUUAUUCCAAUGUUUGAAAAUCCAGUGUUCCACUUUGAUUGUUUUAUAUUGCAUUGCAUUAUUGAUUGUUUUAUAUUGCAAUUGCAUUAUUGAUUGUUUUAUAUUGCAUUGCAUUAUUGAUUGUUUUAUAUUGCAUAUUGCAAACAGGUUGUGUAAAUAAGAAUUCAAAUAUAAACGGCUUCAACACGUAGUUCAAUGGGGGUGGGAGGGGGGUGCUAAAGUUGCCAAACUUUUGGAGGGGAGUGUAUAUUUGAUCAUACUUUAUAAAUGUGUAUAUUUGAUAGAUGCAUUAACUUCAGAAAAGAUUCACCUAGGUACGGGUAUACACAAAUGUGAAAAUGAAUGAAAUUGAGGUUUAUGCAUGGAUUACAUGUACCAGAUAAAACUGAUGUUGUAUCACGUGGUAUUUGUGAAUAAACUAGUUAAGGCUUAUAAAUAAACCAUGUUUCUUGGUGUUUUGAUUAAAGUUAUGUUUAGGAUUAAAUGUAAAUUAGUUACUUUUUUUGUAGAGAUAAAUUCAACCCAGACCUUAGCUAGUAAACUCGGCCCUCAUUUAACUC